AUGACACUGGAGCUCACAGUGAGAAUGACACUGGAGUACUCAGUGGGAAUGACACUCGUACAAGUCAGUAGGAAUUAUACUGGAACACUCCGUGUGAACUGCACUGGAAAACACAGUGUGAAUGACACUGGAGCACUAAGCAGGAAUAACAUUGGAACACUCAUUGGGAAUUACACUGGACCACUCUGUGGGACUGACACUGGAACACUUCGUGGGAAUGACACUGCAGCAUUCAGCGGGACUUAUACUGGCACAUUCAGUAGGAAUGACACUGGAACAUUCAGUGGGAAUGAUACCGGGGCACUAAGUAGGAAUGACAAUAGAACACCCAGUGGGAUUAACACCGGGGCACAUAGUGGGAGUAACACUGGAACUAACAAUGGGAAUGACACUAGAGCACACAGUUGGAAUGACACUGGAACACUGAGUAGGAAUAAUGUUGAAACACUCAUUGGGAAUUACACUGGAACACUUUGUGGGAAUGACAAUGGAACACUUUGUGGGAAUGAUAGUGGAACACUUUGUGGGAAUGAUAGCGGAUCAGUGAGUGGGAAUGACAUUGGAGCAUUCAAUGGGAUCUUCACUGGAACACUCAUCAGGAAUUACACUGGAACAGUCCGUGGAGCAGUCAGUCAGAAUGACACUGGAACACUCAUUGGGAAUGACACUGGAAGUCUCAUCUGUGGGAACGGCGCUGGAGCAGUCAGUGGGAAUGACACUGGAACACUCAGUGGGAAUGAUAGUGGAACACUCAGUGGGAAUGACUCUGAAGCACUGAGUGGGAAUGACAUUGGAACAAUCACUGGGAAUUACACAACAUCUGUGGGAUUGACACCGGAACAUGGGAAUUAUACUGGCACACUCAAUGGGGUUGACAAUGGAAUACUUCGUGUGAAUGGCACUGGUGCAGUGAAUGGGAAUGACACUGCAGCAUUCAAUGGGAACUGCACUGGAACAGUACAUGGGAACUGCACUGGAGCAGUCAGUGGGGAUGACACUGGAACGCUCAGUGGGAAUGAUACUGGAACACUCAGUAGAGCUGCAGCUGGAGCACUCAAUGGGAAUGACACUGGAGUACUCAAUGGGAUUGACAAUGGAACACUCAGUGGGAAUAACAUUGGAACACUCGUUGGAAAUUCUACUGGAACACUCUGUGGGAUUGACACUGGAACACUUCAUGGGAAUGAUAAUGGAGCAAUGAAUGGGAACUGCACUGGAAAACUCAUUGGGAAUGAUAAUGGAACAGUCCGUGGGAACUGCACUGGAGCAGUCAGUGGGAAUUACACGCGAACACUCAGUGGGACUGACACUGGAGCUCUCAGAGGGAAUGUCACUGGAGUACUCAGUGGGAAUGAAACUGGAACAGCCAGUGGGAAUGACACUGCAGCAGUCAGUGGGAAUUAUACUGGACCACUCAGUGGGACUGACAAUGAAACAGUCAGUGGGAAUGACACUGGAACACUCUGUGGGAGUAACACUGGAACACUCAGUGGAAAUACACUGUAG